GUUUUGAAAUUACGUCAUUAACAGUCGCCGGUGCCACUCGUGUUGUCAAAAUGAAAUGUUUACAAUGAGAAUUAUCAUCAUUGUUUUACGUGUUUUUAAACACCAUAAAUCGUUUUAGUUAGUCGGUGAGAUGUCGGCGUUCAGCUCAGAGCUCAUUGACUACCUGGAGGGAAGAAUUUCAUUCGAGGAGUUUGAAAUACGGAGAGAGGAAAGAAAAGCUAAAUUGAAGGUAUCGAACGAAGGGCGUUCAGAGGAAGAUGAAGAGAUUGGACCAGAUGACACUCUCCCCAGCACUUCCCACGGCCGCAGUCCGAGAAAAUGUUCUAAAAAACGGCCCGCAGCGGAUCCCGAGGAAGGUGUCAGCCCCUCUGUCCAGAAGGCUUUUGCCUCGAUGAUGGAGGAGGGAACAGAGACUGAACAGACUGAGGAAGAGGAGGAGGAGGAGGAUGAAGACAACGAUGACGAUUACGAAGAAGAGGAAGAGGAGGAUUCAGAGGAGGAGCGGAAGGUUGAAGCUAAGGGAGAUGAGGAAGGGCCCUCAGCUGGGGAUGUCUUUGCUCUGGAAAUGGAGCUUAACCGAGAGAACAAGAAGAUGAUGAAGGAGAGACGUAACCGCAGCAAGCUGCCCCGGGCCCUAAGGGGCCUCAUGGGAGAAGCUAACAUCCGUUACGCCCGCGGAGACAAGGAGGACGCCGUCCUGAUGUGUAUGGAGAUCAUCAGACAGGCCCCGCUGGCCUACGAGCCCUUCUCCACCCUGGCUAUGAUCUAUGAAGACCAGGGGGACAUGGAGAAGUCUCUACAGUUUGGCCUGAUCGCUGCCCAUCUCAACCCCAGCGACUGUGAGGAGUGGGUCAAGCUGGCCGACAUGUCUCUGGAGCAGGACAACAUCAGGCAGGCCAUCAUCUGCUACACCAAAGCCAUUAAGUAUGACCCCAGUAAUGUGCGCUACCUAUGGGAACGUUGCAGCCUGUAUGAGCAGGUGGGGGAACACAAGCAGUCCAUGGACGGGUACCGUCGUAUCCUCAACCUACUGCCCCCUACUGACGGGGAGCACUUCAUGCAGCUGUCACGAGACAUGGCCAAAAGCUACUAUGAGAGUAGUGACCUGCCGUCAGCCAUGGGGGUGAUGGAGGAGGCCCUGAGGAGACACCCAGAGCUGGUGACAGACGAGAGCAUCAACAUGGCUGCUGAGCUCUACAUCGCCAACCACCAACACGACAAGGCCCUUCAGGUUCUAGUCCAGUUCUGCGGGAUUGUCCUGGAGAGAGGAGAACCUAAGCCAGACCUUGCAGAGGAGGAGCAGGAGAAGAUGGAAUCAGAGGAGCAGGAGAAGAUGGAAUCAGAGGAGAACCCAGAGGAGGAGCAGAAGAAGAUGGAAUCAGAGGAGCAGGAGAAGAUGGAAUCAGAGGAGCAGGAGAAGAUGGAAUCAGAGGAGCAGAAGAAGAUGGAAUCAGAGGAGAACCCAGAGAAAGAAAAGGAGAUUACAACAGAGGAGCCUGGUGAGACUGGAGGGGAGGUUAGAGAGGUGGUAGUUCCAGACCAUGUACCAGUGGACAUCAGAGUGAAACUCAUGGUCUGUCUGAUCCACCAGCAUGUUUACAGACCUCUGGAUUCCAUGUUGACGUCUUUGAUGGAGCAGAGCCCAGAGGAGCUGGGGGAUCUGUACCUGGACGUGGCUGAGGCCUUCCUGGACCAGGGAGAGUACAACUCAGCCCUGCCUCUCCUCUCUGCCCUGGUCUGCUCUGAGAGAUACAACCUGGCUGUUGUCUGGCUCCGACACGCUGAGUGUCUGAAGGCGCUGGGCCACAUGGAGGUAGCAGUGAAGAGUUACAACAAGGUAGUACAGAUGGCUCCUCUUCACCUGGAGGCCAGGCUGUGUCUGUCUACUCUGCAGCAGCAGCUGGGUCGACCUCUCUGUGCCCUCAAGGCCCUGGAGCCUAUGUACGACCCAGACACACUGGCACAGGACGCCUCCGCAGCACAGCAGGAGUUGAAGCUGCUGCUACACCGCUCUACUCUCCUGCGUUCCCAAGGCCGACUGGAUGACUACCUGGAUACCAUGCUGACCAUGCUGGCUAUGCUGCUGAAGGUGGCUAUGACGCGGGCCCAGGUGUGUGUCAAAGCCAGCAUGUGGGCAGGGGUCAGACACCUGCGUCUGGUCAAGGUGUCUAAGGAUCUGGUGUCUGACAUCCACGACCAGGAGGCAGCCUACCAGGACAUCAGUGGUAAGACCAGUGUGUUGUCUCGUGAGGACUGGUGGUUACUGUUGGUGAGGUGUGUGUGUACGCUGUGUGAGAUGAAGCGUUUUAAAGAGGCAGAGCUGCUGGUAGACUCUUCUCUGGAGUUCUACUCCUUCUAUGACGUCAAGGUGAAGAGGAAAGAGCUGGAGUUCUUUGGUCUGUCGGCUGCUUUCCUGGACCAUAACUACCGCAAGGCCUACGAUUACAUCAGACUGACGCUGAUGGAGAAGCAGGAGUGGCCCAUGCUGUGGAAUGUAUUCAACCAGGUGACCCUUCACUCCCAGGACGUGCGUCAUCAUCGGUUCUGUCUGCGUCUGAUGAUGAAGAACCCAGACAACCAUGCCCUGUGUGUUCUCAGUGGACACAACGCACUGGUGUCUGGCAGCUUCAAACACGCACUCGGUCAGUAUGUUCAGGCGUUCAGGUCUAAGCCAGAUGAACCUCUGUACAGUCUGUGUGUUGGCCUCACCUUCUUCCACAUGGCGUCUCAGAAGUUUGUGGUUAAACGCCACCCGCUGAUACUGCAGGGAUUCUCAUUCCUGUGGCGUUACGUGGAGCAGCGUGGGCCCUGCCAGGAGAGCAUGUACAACCUGGGACGGGCCCUGCAGCAGAUGGGCCUGGCACACCUCGCCAUUCACUAUUACCACAAGGCUCUCAGCUUCCCUCCUCUUACACUAGAGGGUAUUGCGGAUGACCAGGUAGACCUGCGUAGAGAGAUAGCCUUCAACCUGUCAAUCAUCUACCAGGCCAGUGGAAACACUGAGAUGGUACGACACCUCAUCAACACAUACUGCACUGUAUAAUGACCUAUC